AAGAUCCUGGAUCAGCUGUUUGCUGACGAUUACCCCCCCCCCCCCCCCACACACACACACACACAUCAUCCACUGAUAACAGCGAUCGCUAAUACGAGAACCGGGUACCGGAGUACGUCCUAUGAAGAUUGAAGUCAGGUGCACAGCAGCUUCACGUCGUUUUCAGGCAGCAUGAACUCUCUCCCAGGAAGAGCCGCACUGUCUCUGUGCUGGCGCACGGCAGCGGGCGGGAUGAGGGUCUUCGCCGGCUCCCCGGGUCACCCUGCGGGGAUCCGGUGUGCGGACCGGGCCUCUUUCCAGGCGGUGCGGGUCUGCCACUCCCGGACAAACCGCAAGGGCAGCGUCAGCACCAAGAAGCGCGGCUACGACAUCACCAGAAACCCACACCUCAACAAGGGAAUGGCAUUCACCCUGGAGGAGCGCCUACAACUGGGCAUCCACGGCUUGCUGCCCCCCUGCUUCCUCUCCCAGGAUGUGCAAGUCCUGCGCGUCAUGAAGAGCUAUGAAACACGCACCAAUCCUCUGGACAAGUACAUCCUGUUGAUGACUCUGCAGGACAGGAACGAGAAGCUCUUCUACCGUUUGUUGACUUCUGACAUCGAGGAGUUCAUGCCCAUCGUGUACACCCCCACUGUCGGGUUGGCCUGUCAACAGUACGGACUCGCCUUCAGGAGACCACGAGGUCUCUUCAUCACCAUCCAUGAUAGAGGUCACAUCGCCACCAUGCUCAACUCCUGGCCAGAAGAAGACAUAAAGGCCAUUGUGGUGACAGACGGGGAGCGUAUCCUCGGCCUGGGCGACCUGGGCAGCUAUGGGAUGGGGAUUCCUGUUGGGAAACUGGCGCUCUACACAGCCUGUGGAGGUGUUCGCCCACAGCAGUGUCUCCCAGUGCUGCUGGACGUCGGCACUGACAACCAGACACUGCUCAAUGACCCCCUGUACAUUGGACUGAAGCACAAGAGAAUCCGAGGAAAGGAGUACGACGACCUGAUCGAUGAGUUCAUGCAGGCGGUGACAGACAAGUACGGGAUGAACUGUCUGAUUCAGUUCGAGGAUUUUGCCAACAGCAACGCCUUUCGCAUCCUCAACAAAUACAGGAAUCGAUACUGCACCUUCAACGACGACAUCCAAGGCACAGCGUCAGUAGCUGUUGCCGGGAUCUUAGCCGCUUUGAAGAUCACCAAGAACAAACUGUUAGACCACACAUUUGUUUUCCAAGGGGCAGGCGAGGCUGCUCUGGGUAUCGCUCACCUGCUGAUAAUGGCCAUGGCCAAAGAGGGAGUAACAAGAGAAGAAGCUGCCAAGAGGAUCUGGAUGGUGGACUCGAAAGGUCUCAUUGUGAAGGGAAGAAGCCAUCUGAACCAUGAGAAAGAGGAGUUUGCCCACGAGCACCCACACCUGAAGACCCUGGAGGAGGUUGUAAAAACCAUCAAACCCACCGCAAUCAUAGGCGUGGCUGCUAUUGGAGGAGCGUUUACUGAGAACAUUAUCAAAGACAUGGCGUCCUUCAACGAGAGGCCGAUCAUCUUUGCCUUGAGUAACCCUACCAGCAAGGCGGAGUGCACAGCAGAGCAGUGCUACAAGCUCACGGAGGGUCGGGGCAUCUUCGCUAGCGGAAGUCCGUUCGACAAGGUGACGCUGGCUGAUGGACGCACCUUCUACCCCGGACAGGGAAACAAUGCUUAUGUGUUCCCUGGAGUCGCUCUGGGUGUAAUAGCCUGCAGAGUGCGCCACAUAUCUGAUGACAUCUUCCUCACCACAGCAGAAGCAAUAGCUGACAUGGUAACAGAGGAGCACUUGGCUGAGGGAAGACUUUAUCCUCCUCUGAACACCAUAAGAGAAGUGUCCUUCAAGAUUGCAGUGAAGAUUGUCAACUAUGCAUACAAACACAACAUUGCAUCGGUGUAUCCCGAGCCUAAAGACAAGGAGGCGUUUGUGCUGUCUCACGUCUACAGUCCUGAUUACGACUCCUUCACUUUGGACACAUACAGCUGGCCAUUGGAGGCCAUGAGUGUCCAGGACGUGUGAUCCUAACCAUCUUUGUCUCUGUCUAAACUCAACAUGCUGCCGUGGCAUCACAUACUAUUUUUUCGUUUCAUCCGUACAGAAACUUAGCCAAUGAUUCUUUGCCUUUUGUUGUUGUUGCUCUUGUUUGUUUCUUCUUCCCUGAUUUGUUCAGUUCAACACACAGCACAUAGGUUAGAUGCCCAGAAAUAAGUCAACCAAACACUGCAUAAUAGUGAAUAUGUUAAGGAUUCUCUAUGUCGACUUUUCAUGUACAAUCUGCUUUUUAUUUUUCUAGUGCCGUACAUUUAUUUUUAAUUUUUUUUAUCAGUUCUCUGAAGGUCUGACUGAAAAAAAACUUUUUAUAUUCGCACAUCAUAUCGAACAUCAUAAGCAUGUCGUCUAUAACUCUAACUACAACUUAAACUACACUUCUUUCACUAGAUUUUCCAGCUAAGAUGUUGUAGUAUUUAGUGCGUGCAAUGAUUCUAAAUCUGUUUUUCGGAGAUGGAUCUGAGCUGGUGCAUGAAAGUCGAAGUCGUGGUUCACUGUAACACACAAUGUUCUCUCUGGUUUUGACACAGUCGAACAGAGGACUCAUUUUGAAGCUUCAUCUAAAAAAAAAAAAAAUUCUGACAGAAACUCUCAGUGCCUCCUUUGUGACCUCAGGACAU